UGUCACGCUACAACAGACGCCAACAGAGCACGAGAACACCUGGGUCACCGUUCAGCUACAGCAGCAGCAGCAGAGCUCCUCAGCUUUAAUACCUUCACACUCCGCUUCUCUCUCAGCAGGUCUGUCCUGGUGUGAAGAUGCCUCCUCCCGUCCCGACUGAGCGGAGAUUGAGCGUUGUAGGCUCUCGCUCAAACCCGGAGAAGUUUCUGGGACAGGAUUACCACCAGCUCCACAGGGACUUCUACGACAACAGAGCCCGAUUCCUGGACAGCACAUUCCUCCCGAACGAGAGGGCCAUCGGCCCCGGCCUGCUCACUGACGAGGAGAUGGCUAGAGUGCGGUGGAUAAGGCCUACGAGACUGGUGAGAGAUCCUUACCUAGUUGUGGAUGGAGAAUCCAGGUUUGACUUCGCUCAGGGAGAGCUCGGAAACUGCUGGUUCCUGUCUGCGAUCGGAGCGAUCACGUUUCAGGCUGACAUCAUGGAUCAGAUCAUUCCUGCAGAUCAGUCGUUCGGAAAGGAAUAUGCAGGAAUCUUUCACUUCAGGUUCUGGAGGUUUGGGAGGUGGAUUGAUGUUGUGAUAGACGACAAACUGCCGACAAUCAAUGGGCAGCUCAUUUUCGUGCACUGCAAGACUCGCAAUGAGUUCUGGCCCGCCUUGCUGGAGAAGGCGUACGCCAAAGUGUGCGGCUCGUACGCGGAUUUGAACGGAGGGUUUGUGUCUGAGGCGCUGACGGACUUCACUGGGGGGGUGCACAUGACUCUGACCCCGAGGGAGGGUCACCCUGAGCUGUGGGGACUGAUGUACCGGGCAGCGCAGUACAGGUCCAUCAUGGGCUGUGGCACUCCACAGGGGGCCACUCCUGCUAACACAGAGCUGCCCAAUGGCAUAGUGGAAGGUCACGCUUAUACCGUAACAGGAGUUACCAAGGUGAAGACCGAAGAUGGUCAAUCAGUGAAGCUGGUGAGACUCCUCAACCCGUGGGGACACAGAGAGUGGAAGGGGGACUGGAGUGAUAACUCUCCUCUGUGGAGGAUGGUCAGCACAGAGCAGCACACAAGGUUGCUGGACAGUAAAAAUGACGGAGAAUUCUGGAUGUCGAUGGACGAUUUCUGCAGGAGCUUUGCGAAUGUGGACAUCUGCUGUUACACCCCUGCGUUCCUGGAUGGCUCGCCCCCAAACAGCUGGACCACAGCGCGGUAUGAAGGAUGCUGGGAUGAGAGAACAGCUGGCGGCUCCAUGGACCACAAACAAAGUUUCUGGACAAACCCUCAGUACCGAGUGAAGAUCCCGGCGAUAGAGCCAGACAUGGGGCAGCCUCAGGGGCUCAACAUGCUGGUGUCUCUCAUGCAGAAACCUGACAACAGGCACAGAAGCCUCGCUGAGCACCUCCACAUCGGCUUCAGUGUUUUUGCGAUCCCACCCGAGAUGAAAGAUCAGACAGUGUUUCCAGCCUCUUUCUUCACCGCUAACGCCCUGGUGGCGCAGUCUCGGGGCAGCUCCACCACGAGGGAGGUGAUGGAGUACUACAGGAUAAGGCCUGGAAGAUACCUCAUCGUGCCCUUCACCUACAAACCCAACGAGACCACCUCAUUCGUCCUGACCGUCCACUCAAAGAGAGAAUAAAACACCAGCCUGAUCAAGGAAGGAUAAGUUUCAGGAGUGAACAGGAGCACUGAUGGACUGACGACUGUAGCCACAAUCGUCUUCUAUCAACAAUUUCAUAUUUUGUAGCAUGAAAGAAAAAAAAGAAUCACUAUCUCAAGAAGAAUGGUGUCAGUUGUAGAUUUUGGUUUUGUUAUUUUAUUUAUUUAUUUAUUUUGUUUUAUUUUUGUCCACUUCCAGAUUUGUUGGUAUGAAUGAAGUCAAAUCAAAAUUGCUGUUUUUGCUGAAAAUUCAAGCUGUGUGAUUUGACUUACUAUGUAAGACAGGAUACGAGAUUAUACAUCCUGUCAUACAGAUCCUGGAGAAUUAUGAAAGUCAUUUUGGAAAUCAUCCAUUGUUUACUGUUUUAUUAUUUGUUUAUGUUGUGUUGGCACUCAGCUGUCUCAUAUUUAAAAACUGAUUAAAUCAUGAAGGAGUCGAA